UCAAACAUUUGUUUUCUCGAGUCGCUAUACUAUAUAAUAUGCAGAAGGCGGUAGCUUUUCGUUUUCAAACAUAUGACAGUUUCGUAAAGUCAAAUGAUAUAAAAACGUAUUGAAAGUAUUAACAUCGCAUGUACAUUUAAAAAUUUAUAAUAAACAAAAAUGACAGCACGUUCAAUUUUACAAGUCUUUGAUCAGUACCAAAAGGCUCGUCUAUUCUUUGUUCAAUCCAUUGCUGAUUUUGCUUCAAAACCAAACACUAUAGAUUGUUUAGAAGCUGCUGGGGUUUUGGAUCUCUUAUGCCCUUUGUUAACAGAUCCUGUACCAUCUAUUCAGCAUACAGCUGCAGUUGCAUUAGGAAAACUUGCAAAUAAUAGUAUUAAAUUGGCACAAGCUGUUGUAAGAAUGGGUAUUUUACCUCAAUUAUUGAAGAAUAUUGAUAAACAAAAUAAAUUUUAUAAAAAAGCAGCCCUAUUUGUUUUACGUGCAAUUGCUAGACAUUCCCCAGAAUUGGCAUCUAUGGUGAUUCAGAGUAAUGGAUUGGAUACUAUAAUAAUUUGUUUAGAAGAUUUUGAUUCUGGUGUUAAGGAAGCUACUGCUUGGGCAUUAGGAUACAUUGCUAGGCAUAAUAAGACUUUGGCUCAAGCCAUAGUUGAUGCAGGAGCUGUUCCACUUUUAGUCUUGGCCUUACAAGAACCUGAAUUAUGUUUAAAACAAAUUAGUGCCUCUGCUUUAUUCGAUAUAAGCAAACAUAAUAUUGAUCUUGCAGAAAUUGUGGUUGAUGCAGGAGCCAUUCCUUUUCUUGCAAAGGCAUUAUCUAAUCCUGAUACUAAGUUAAAGCGUCAGGUUCUUUUGGCAUUAAGCGGUAUAGCAAAACACUCUGUACAUCUAGCAGAAUCUAUUAUAGAAGCUGAAAUUUUUCCUGAUGUUCUUGUACACAUGGCACAUCCUGAUGAAUGUGUAGUUAAAGCUGCUGCAAUGUUAACCAGAGAAAUUUGUAAACAUACAUUAGAGUUGGCCCAACUUAUAGUGAAUAUUGGUGGUAUUGGUGCACUUGUUGAAUUAAUUAGUACCUCAAAAUUAACAGUCAGAUUGCCAGCAAUAAUGGCAAUUGGAUAUAUUGCUGGACACUUAGAUCAGUUAGCUAUUGCAGUCAUAGGAUCCAAAGGAAUUGUUCACCUAUCUACUAUAUUAUAUGAAGAAAAUGACGACCAUACACUUGCUGUCACUGUAUGGGCAAUUGGGCAAAUUGGAAAGCAUACAUCGGAACAUGCGAAAGCAGUUGCAGUCGCAAACAUUCUUCCAAAGUUAUUACAGCUGUACAAUAAUCCAAAUAGCUCAGAAGAUCUUAAAGCAAAAUGUAAUACAGCACUGAAACAAAUAUUACAAAAAUGUAUGUAUAUUGAAGCUUUGGAAUCUUUGCUGCAUGAUUCACCACCUAAUAUUCUAAAAUAUGUACUUGGACAAUUUAGCAAGGUCUGUGACAGACACGUUAUCCCACGACUUUGUUCUGGAAUUUUGUUUUCGUAAAUAAGAUAUUUUUGGCGACGUAGGAAGGUGGAAAAUGUGGACAGAUUUUGCUUCGCCUACAAAUAUGUUGCAUACGAUGCUUGUAAUAUGUAUUAUGGUAGAAAUCGUAACAUGUUAUUGAAUAAAUUAUCAAAUACUAUUACAAAUAUGCGAAAAGACAGAAUUUCAUACAAAGAUCGAUUUCAUAUUGUAAUUUGUAAUUUUUAUAAUGUGGGCAUUAGAAAUCACAUAAGAUGUUAUAAGAAAUAACUUCUAUUGCACAUUGCAAAGAACGUUUUUUAGAUUUCGGAUAUUUUAUAAUAAGUUUUGAUAGAAUAUUACAUGUAUAUAUAUAUAUAUAUUUUUUUAUAACAUCGUAAACGUGGUAUCAUUUACUAAAAGAAACAUUUUUAAUUAUUUUAAUUUGUUGUGUAUUAAAACAUUUAAGAAAUUAAGUUUACUUUAGAUAACUGCAUUUAAACAGUGUGUAGGUCAGGAGUUUUAUUCUUAGGUAUAUUGCAACAUGCAAACUGAUAGCUAAUAAUGUCUUUCAUUCUAUCCAUUCAUGCACAUAGUUAAUGAGAUCACUGAUAAAUGACAAUGUUUAAAGCAUUUCAACUAUUUCAAGUUGCAUUUUUGAAUUAUUUGUUAUUUU